UGGCAUGAAAUAUCCUCCAUAGCACUGCUCUCCAUGUCAAUGUUAGGAAAGUCCCGGAGUCCAUGACAGUGCGGGGCAUGAUGAUAUACAGCGAGACUGGUGCGUCUCUUUGGAGAGGGCAAACUCAACCGUAUCUCUCCAGCAGUACUUUGAACGCAGUCCCUGCUUUUUUGGGGGCGUUUCGUUAAAAUAUGCUAGCUUUCGUGACCAGAGCAAUGGGUAAGCAGGCUGUGCUGAAGGGUGCCGGGCUGGUGAAGCCGGUGUCUGUCACCAGAAUCCCCGGACGCUACCUGGUGCACCAGGAGGGCCUGCCCAAGCUGCCGGUGCCGUCGCUCAGACAGACGAUGGGGCGCUACCUGGCGGCACUGCAGCCCAUCGUCAGCCAGGAGGAGCUGGAGCACACCCGGAAGCUGGUGGAGGAGUUCCAGAGUCCAGGGGGCGUGGGGGAGAGGCUGCAGAAAGGGCUGGAGAGGAAGGCCCGGAAAACCGAAAACUGGCUGUCUGAUUGGUGGCUGCAGACGGCCUAUCUGGAGUACCGGUUGCCGGUGGUGGUUCACUCGAGCCCCGGAGUCGUUUUACCACGGCUGCAGUUCCACGACCGCCAGGGCCAGAUGUGGCACGCUGCUAAGCUGAUUGCCGGGGUCCUGGACUUUAAAAGCAUGAUUGACAAUGAGACUCUGCCUGUGGAGUUCCUGGGAGGGAAGCCCUUGUGUAUGAACCAGUACUACCAGAUCCUCUCGUCAUGCCGAAUCCCCGGUCCCAAACGGGACUCCGUGGUGAACCACGCUCUCAGUAUGAAGCCGCCCUCUCACAUCACCGUGGUGCACAACUUCCAGUUCUUCGUGCUGGACGUGUAUAACAGUGACGGCUCGCCUCUGACGGUCGAUCAGAUCUACGUCCAGCUAGAGAAGAUCUGGAACUCCUCCCUCCAGACGAACAAGGAGCCAAUCGGGAUCCUCACCUCGCAGCACCGGAACACCUGGGGCAAGGCCUACAACAACCUCAUCAAAGACAAGACGAAUAAGGAGUCGGUGCGGGCGAUUCAGAAGAGCAUCUUCACGGUGUGUCUGGAUGCCCCGAUGCCCCGCGUGUCCGACGAGCUGUACCGCAGUCGCGUGGCCACCCAGAUGCUGCACGGAGGGGGGAGUCGCUGGAACAGCGGGAACAGGUGGUUCGACAAGACUCUGCAGUUUAUAAUUGGCGAGGACGGGUCAUGUGGUCUAAUGUAUGAACACGCCCCCGCUGAGGGACCGCCCAUCGUAGCGCUGGUGGACCAUGUGGUGGAAUACACAAAGAAAUCCGAGACGGUGCGCGCUCCCAUGAUCCCCCUGGCCAUGCCUCAGAAGCUGCGCUUCAACAUCACGCCCGAGAUCAAGAAGGACAUCGAGAAGGCCAAGCAGAACCUCAACAUAAUGGUGCAGGAGCUGGACGUGAAGGUGAUGGUGUUCUCGCACUUUGGGAAAGAAUUCCCCAAGUCUCAGAAGAUGAGCCCCGAUGCCUUCAUUCAGAUAGCCCUGCAGCUUGCUUACUACAGGAUCUACAGUCUCUGCUGCUCCACCUAUGAGAGCGCAUCCCUGCGAAUGUUCCGUCUCGGACGCACUGACACAAUCCGCUCGUGUUCCCAGGAGUCUCUGCUCUUCGUGCAGGCCAUGGACAACGCAGCCAAGCAGAACCAGGAGAAGGUAGACCUGCUGCAGAAGGCGAUCCGGGCACACAGAUCCUACACUGAUAUGGCGAUACAGGGGCAGGCAAUAGACCGACACCUGCUGGGUCUGAAGCUGCAAGCCAUUGAGGACCUCACCACCAUACCCGAGAUCUUCAUGGAUACAGCCUACGCUGUCGCCUCGCACUUUAACCUGUCAACCAGCCAGGUUCCUGCCCAGACGGACUGCGUGAUGUGUUUCGGGCCCGUGGUCCCCGAUGGCUACGGCGUUUGCUACAACCCCAUGGCCGAGCACAUCAACUUCUCCGUCUCUGCGUUCAACAGCUGCGCCGAAACCAACGCGGCGCGCCUCUCCCACUUCCUGGAGGAGGCCCUGAUCGACAUGAGGGACCUCCUGAUGCAGACGCCCAGGUCCAAGCUCUGAAACCGCCCCCACCCCGAGUGGCCUGCUUGGUGUUUCAUUGGAAAGCGUGCAGAUUCCAGAAGGAACGACAGAGACAACUUGCUGCCGUUGUGUGUCUGUUCCCACGCAGGACUGCUGAUUCAGUUUGCAGACACAGCUGGCUGGUUUUCAGCUCAGGGAGCCCCCCCCCCCCCUACUGUUUCUACAGUGCAACUGCAGCUUUCCCUGUUGGUUGCUUAGUUUUAUUUUUAGAAUAGGUACCAUCCUUUUGGAGUAACAAAUCCUCGAGAGAAUGUCAUUAUAAUUCACAAGUCACACCUGGCCUUUUUAUCUUUGUGUUAUUUUUCAUUCAUGCCUUGUCUGUGCUCAGGGGUGCUGUUGUAUCUCAACUGGGGUUAUUAUUUAGGUGUAUCUACAAGAAAUCAUCAAUAGAAACAUUAGAGGUAAGCGAGAUGAAAAUAUAUAUAUAUAUAUGUACGUAUAUAUUGUGUAGAUUUGAUAAACUGCCUUACAUGUAAUGAAUGUAAUAUUAAGUGUAUUGAAUUGUUUUAGCUGUGCUCCGCUGACCUUGUUCAAUGAUAGUCCUGCCCUGAUACUAAUCUCUGUUUGAACACGCACAGUGUUUGCCUGCAGGGAUCACCCCAUGAUUGAGUCUGGGGUGAAAACACCCUAAAAAACAUUCGCACCGUGCACAACGCCCACAGAGCUGAGAAAUACUGAGCGCAGUGAAUCAGUGGCAGGCUCUUGCACAGCAGAGUAUAUGCAUGCAUAGUUUACUGUUAACAUGGGAUAACCAUUUGCAUAUGUCUUAUUUUCAAAAUAAUUAAUUUAUAAUGCAUUUUUUAGACUAGAAAUUGGGAGUUUUCUGCGUUGUUGCAUCGCACAGAAAACAUCAACAAUCCUCUUUCGCCCCGAAGAGAUGAUACAAAGAGAGAAGAAAUUAAAAAAAAUAAAAUAAAAAAAUAAAAUAAACAGUUGGGAUGUUGGAAAGCGUUUUUGUUUGGAUUGGUCAACGCAUUUCCAGCUUCUCUCUGGGAUAAUGGAAAUCAAGUGCCUGCAUGCUAAUGAACUGUGAAUGAGCUGAAUCUGUGAAUUAUCAACCCUCCCCCCCACUCCCCUCAAACACUAUACUCACGUGAUGUUGUUUUGCUUGGGGUUUGACUUCCAGGGCUUUUUUCAUUUCAUUUUAUUCUCAGUAGGAGAUGUGAAAAAAAACCCUUCCCCUUUCUUUAGGGAAGCUAGGAAAUCUGCAGCGAAGUCAGUUUCCCAGAUUCCAGAGUCAUCAGUCUUCAGACGGCUGUUUGCUGUUACUGAUGGUUUGUUUUAUCAGCUGAAAUAGAGAUGAAGUCAAGCCCUGAUCCUGCUUUACAAUAUGCUUACAAUGCAGUGAUGUGUAAUAGCUCACAUGCUGAGUGCUAAAGGUUUACUACAAACUUGUAUUUUGGAUAUUUUAGUAAUGUCAUAUUGGGAUUAGGAUACGUAAUAAACAGAUCCCAAAGCGUGCCGGUUUUGUAUUAAAAUAAGAUUUGGGAUUGAUCUCCUUUUUCGUAAACUGUGCCGUUGGAUUGUGGUUUGCAUUUGCUGGUUUGUGACGUGUUUUAAUAUUUUGUACUCGCUACAGUCAUUUUUUUGAAAUUCUGAAUGAUCUUGUUUUUGAUGGGGAAGUUCCUAUAUUGUACUAAAGCAGAAUAACAUAUCGUUGAAAAUCUGGAACCCGCGUGGUGGAUUCAAUAAUAUCAUCCGUAACUACUGAUCAAUCAAUAGGGCUGAAUUUCAAAAAUACUAAAAGAAACUUCAUUCAUUUAGAAGACAGUGGAUGACACUGAACAAGACUUCCAGUCGAAACACUCAUCGUUCGAAUUGAUGACGUUUCUUUUAGGAUUUCUACAGCUUGUAUUCUUCUCCCUACGUUACUGAUCAGGUCUAUAGUGCUGGUCAGUGCUGAUGUCUGAGGGCCUGUAUUUACCUGCUAGUGUGUUAUGGCACCAUUGAAAGGGAACAGAUCAUUGAGCUGUAUUUUAUGAUUGUAUCUGUAAGCAUAUCUGUCAUUUAAAGAAGAGCCUUAAACAGAUCCGUGCUGUAAAAGAGAAUGGUCUGCUGUACAGUGUGCCGCUGAAGGGAGAUACACAGUCCUUCACAAGCACAGCGAGCUGCAGGGUGUGCAGGUCCUUGAAGCAGACCCACUGUCUUCAGUAAUGAUAACCAUGCUGUUUGGAGCACUUUCCUUUCGUACGGUUUGAAAUCCGUGGAAUGAUACGUUUACUUGUGUGUUCUGUGUACGGCACGCUGGUGCCAAAAGUGUGAUUUCACAACCCCCCCUUCACCCCAAAAUAAAAUCGAACUUC